AUGGCUGCUUGGCUCCAGACCGCCGCUCUAUUCUCACCUGAGCCCGAGCCAUCUCUUCCCUCUUCUCCCUCUUCUUGCUCCUCGUCUCCUUUAUCUCCCACUGGUGGUGCGGCCACUCAGCGACGACUGGACCGACUGUACGCUGCACAACGCACGUCCCAAUCACUCAUUUGUUCGCGGUGGUUCGUCUCGCCCUGCAAAACAGCCGAGAAAACGAGUGUAACGAGUCCUCCCAAAACCAGUAAUCCGAUUGAGCAGGCAACCUUUCUUCACCUGAAGCAACUAAUUGACCAAUUAGACACUUCUCGCGAAAAUUUGGAGCUCCUUCGGCGCAACGUCCACACGAAUCAGGACCCAAUGGUAUUCUACUUAUUUCACAUAUCAGUAGUCAGAAUAUUUUUCAUCCCUCAUCUAUCGCAAAAAUUCGCCCUUUUUACUGGGUCCACCCACCGGGGGUCUGUUAAAUUUACCUAUUCCUGA